GUGAAGAAUUAAAGAUAUUGUUUUUAAUUCAAAGGUGUUAUAGUUUUUUAUAUAGCUGUUAGGCAUAUGUCUAUUAAAGUGUCGCCGGUACAUUCUAUCAAUGAACUUAGAUGUAAACAUUUGCGAGAAACAGCCCUUAUAGGAUUCUUCCUCGGGGGCUGCGCCAUUGCCAGCCUCUUUCUGAUACUCCACGCCUGGUUUGUAUCUUAUAAUGUAGUUGAGUUUGCCUUUGGAUCACAUAUUUUUCUUUUUCACGUUGUCUUCCACCUAACUGAGUUUUUGGUAGCAUCUUCAAUCGUUUCACACAACGUUCAUCCCAGUGCUUUUAUGCUUUUUCAUUCUAAAGAGUUUCGGUUCGCGUGCGGUUCUGCAUUGGUAGAGUUUUGGGUGGAGUCAUGUCUUAUUCCGAACCAUCUGAAGCUUUUUGGGGAGGCACUUCCGACAACAGCCCUUGGAAAGGCAUUGUGCUUCUGUUUUCGAUUGAGUUUUCCAAGUGUCGUGCUGUUUGAGUUUCUGGCAACGUUUUGUUAUAUGAUUCGUGUGGUAGCUAUUAUUAAUUGCGGUUCUAAUUUUUCCCUUGUAAUUGAAUCUGAAAAGCGAGACACACAUAUCCUUGUGGACAGUGGCUUGUAUGCAUACUUUAGGCAUCCCUCAUACUUCGGAUGGUUUUGGCGGGUGAUUUUUUCUCAGUUCGCUAUUGCUAAUCCAGUUUGUCUUAUUUUUCAUACAAUAAUUACAUGGUAUUUCUUUAAAAUACGCAUUCCUUAUGAAGAACAUAUCAUGGAGAGGGAGGAUUUUUUCGGCAAGACAUAUACGAAAUAUAAAAAGAGUACUUUUGUUGGUAUUCCUUUCAUUAGCACCUGAAGUCGUUAGUUGUAAAAUACAUAUUUACCCUUGUUACUAAUAGUCAUGUCUUCGUUUUUCUUACUCUACCAUAAUAAAAAUUAUACUCAAUCUGCAUCACUGUCUAGUUUAUCGUUCAUUUUAUGAAAA